AUGUCACUAACUCCUCUUAGAAUUCCCAAAGGCCCCAAGGCAAUGAUCCAGGCCCCUCCAGCUCAACGUCGCUCUUCAUCGCCCCACAAGAUCCCAAGCAAAGCCUCUGGAGGUGUUCCCAACCCUACGCCCCAAUAUAUGGCCCAAGCAAACCUCAGCCCCGAACGACUCCCUCAACCGCGUCGCAUUCUCAUUAUAAUGGACCUCAACGGUACUCUCCUCUAUCGACCCAACAAACGCCGGCCCUUCAACUUCGUCGAGCGACCUCAUGCAAAGACCUUCAUGAAAUACUGCCUCGACGCUUUCUAUGUUGCGAUUUGGUCCUCAGCCCGUCCUGAAAACGUCAACAAGAUGGUUGAACAGCUCCUCACACCUGAGCAGCGUGAGCAGGUUCUUGUCGUCUGGGGUCGUGAUUCUUUUGGUCUCUCGGAGGGUGAUUAUAACGCAAAAGUGCAAGUCUACAAACGCCUCACGACUGUAUGGACUGAUCCGCGGGUGAGGGCUGCUUAUCCCCAGGCUCAUAAGGGAGGUCUUUGGAAUCAGAGCAACACUAUUUUGGUUGAUGACUCGUUAGAGAAGGGCCGGAGUGAACCAUUCAACACGCUUACACUUCCAGAGUUCUCCGGACUGUCUACGGAAAUGCCCAAUGUCUUGCCCCAGGUUCACGAUUACCUGAAUGAACUGGCCUACCAGGCGGAUAUCAGCCGCUUUGUAAGACAGUCACCUUUCAAGCUUGAUCCAGUUUAUGUCUUGCCAGAGGAUGCAGCCUAGUCAGUUUUGACCCUGCGCCAACGUGGGAAGUAUCAGGAAUAAGAUGAAUCACAGGAUAUCAUAGACGCUUUAGAUUCAUUUAGAGAUACCCGAGGCCCAAGGCCUCAUAAGAUACAACUUCAUAGCGUGUUGAUGAUAGAACAUAAAUGGCCAUUGCCAAAGGCGACACAAACUUCAUCUCACA